CUGAGCAAAUCGUUCGCUCGAUCUCGCUCUGUCGAUCGGGUCAGGUAGUGGAGGCCAUUUUAUUCUUGUGAAUGUAACAAAGUAUUUUUUGAUUUUUUGUUCAAAAGCAAUAGUGUAAAUGUGUGCCUGCAUUAAGUGGCUUUUGUGACGUGUGUUUGUGCUUAAAAAUAGAGGAUGUACGUGUUUCAAACGAAAUUGUGUUGACCUGCCCAUUUUUACACGGUCGCACAAGCAGGGAUCGAUUAGUGCAAGGCAGCCUCUAGUAUCGAGGAAUCGAGGCGUUGUAAUAGUUUCUUAAGUCCGCCAUGGGCAACAAUGCUGCCACCGCCAACAAGAAGGUGGACGCCGCCGAAAGCGUCAAAGAGUUCCUCGACCAGGCUAAGGAAGACUUCGAAGAAAAAUGGAAAAAGAACCCUACCAACACCGCCGGACUGAAUGAUUUCGAGCGGAUCAAAACGCUCGGUACGGGUUCCUUCGGCCGCGUCAUGAUAGUUCAACACAAGCCCACGAAAGAGUAUUAUGCUAUGAAAAUAUUAGACAAACAGAAAGUGGUCAAAUUGAAACAGGUCGAGCAUACGUUAAACGAGAAGCGAAUCUUGCAGGCGAUCAAUUUCCCUUUCCUCGUAAGCCUUAAGUUCCAUUUCAAGGAUAAUUCCAACUUAUAUAUGGUUUUGGAGUAUGUUCCAGGCGGAGAGAUGUUCUCCCAUUUGAGGAAAGUGGGUCGCUUUUCAGAGCCCCAUUCGAGAUUCUAUGCUGCACAAAUAGUGUUAGCUUUCGAAUAUCUACAUUACCUCGACCUUAUAUACCGAGACCUCAAGCCUGAGAAUUUGUUAAUCGACUCCCAGGGCUACCUGAAAGUGACCGACUUUGGUUUUGCCAAGAGAGUAAAGGGCCGCACUUGGACUUUGUGCGGAACCCCCGAGUACCUCGCGCCGGAGAUCAUUUUGUCCAAAGGCUACAACAAGGCCGUGGACUGGUGGGCGCUGGGUGUCCUCGUCUACGAGAUGGCGGCUGGUUACCCGCCGUUCUUCGCCGAUCAGCCCAUUCAAAUUUACGAGAAAAUUGUAUCAGGUAAGGUCCGCUUCCCUUCACACUUUGGUUCAGACCUGAAAGAUCUCUUACGCAACCUUCUACAAGUAGACUUGACAAAACGAUAUGGCAACCUGAAGGCGGGCGUUAAUGACAUAAAAGGGCAUAAAUGGUUUGCUAGCACCGAUUGGAUAGCCGUUUUCCAGAAGAAGAUUGAAGCUCCUUUCAUCCCUCGCUGCAAAGGGCCCGGCGACACAAGCAAUUUCGACGAUUACGAGGAGGAGGCAUUGCGUAUCUCAUCAACAGAGAAAUGUGCAAAAGAAUUUGCUGAGUUCUGAGCGAUUAGUUGGUGCCUGUACUUGAGCAGGCCCGAAAGAGAGAAUAUGGUAUUUAUGAAUGGUCUGUGAAUGUAGUCACAGCAGUGAAGUGUGCAUUUUAUUGCUCGUGGUCUUGGGUUAUAGACGUUAAAUCGCCCCCAAACUGUCUCAUUCACAUAUAACUUGGAGUGCAAGCAACAUGAUAGGCGUACCGAUUUCUGAUAUUUUGGUGGAGUUUAUUUGCUUAGUGUCCUUUUAAGUCGAUAGAAGAGUAGAUAAGGAACGGUAUUCCUUGUCUAAGUGAUAUCCCCACGAUGUUUGUACCAAUGGUGUAAAAUACGUGAUUUUGUGCACACAGUUCUAAAUAGUUUUUCAUUGUUUACCGUAGCACUGACAAGCUUUGACAUAUGUUUGUAUUUUUUGUAAAUUGAUCAAAAUUAUGCUAUGUUUAUUGAUGCGGUUUUUCUUCUUACUUUUAAGAUAUUUGUCAUUUCAUUGUUUAGUAUGGAUCGUAAGCUAUUUCAGUCACAUUAAAGCUUUAGCAUUAAAAUCAACUAAUUAUAUGUAUAACUAAGUCCUUAUGGAAUGUUUUAGUGUAGGUUUUAACUUUUUUUUUGACCUUUUGUUAAUAUUUUUAAUUUAUAAAAUGUUUUGUUGAGACAAUUGAUAUUUUAACUGCAAGAUGAGAGAUUAAAUUAUUUUUGUGUAGUUAGGUUCAGUUGUGCAAACAUGUUUGUGAUCUGAUGUGAGAAUAUUUUGGUAUUUAAGUGUAAUUUGUAUAGUUCCUUAAUUAUUAGGAUGCAAGUUCAUUCUGUUAAUGAAAUGAAUGGCAGCAAAGUUUUAUAAUCUGCCAUAACACUUAUUGUUAACAACAGUUAUCAAAAAGCAAUAAAUUUAGUAAUUUUUAUUCUAUUAAAAAUCAGUGUUCAAUAUACAAUUAUAUUAAGCACAAAGUUAAAGAGAGAAAUUUUUACAUUUAAUACAUUCUAACGAUUUAUAGAUAUUGUUCCAUAUUUUAUAGAAAAUAUUGUCAUUUUGGCAAAGUUGCCGUAUUGAAAAUAAAAUUUUCCUUUUUGUGUAUGGGGCUGGUGUUAUCAAUAGGUGUGAAGUUAGUCUAUAACUUUUGGCACAGCUUGCCAGCAGUCCUUGGAACGGUAAUUACUGGUUCAUCUUAUUGUUUUUUUUUAGCUAUUAGAUGUAGGACUUUGAAUCCAGGCUGUACAAAUAAUGAUCUAGUUAUUUGUAGUGAAUUUUACAUUGUGAAAGCAUUGUGUGUUUGUGAAUUAGAAUCAUUAGAAAGAAUUUCCUCAUGUUACUUAACAAUUUGGUAUGUAUUCAGCUCAUAUCGCUAAAGAGAAGUACAUAGCAUUAGAAUGUUCAUAUUUCAUUUAUAUUCUCUAAUAAAUAAUUUAAAUAUUAGUCAUAUCAGAGUUACUACUUAAAUAUUUAUUCUAAAGAUGUCCAUAUGUAGGUUUAGCAUUUGACCAAACGCUUUGUCUAUGUCUAUGAUAUUUGUAACACAUUAAGAGUUUAAUAAAUAUUCUACACACUAAGUUUUUGCUUAUUUCAAUGUUGAUGUCUUGAAUUAUGGAAACAUUUUGAUACAUAUUGAAAGUUUGUUUUGAUAUGUGAAGUAAAUGUUAUUUUGCAACUUAAAUAUAUUGUUAUACCGGUGCCAUAGAUGUUUUAGAUGUCAAUAUGUAAAUAUAUCUUUAAGGUAUUUUUUUUUGUUAAUUUUAUUACAUUAAUAUGAUAUUCCUGCAUCACACCAGUUUACUGGCCGCUAUUGCUUCAAUAUUUAAAUGCACAGUUUGUAAUUAGCUUUACGCAAACAAGUCAAACUGUUAGGAAACUAAUUUAAAUAAAAGUCUAAAAUGUAAUAAUACUAUACAAGAAAUAUAUAUGGUAAAUAUUAAAAUUGACAGAUAAAAAAAUAGAAAUAUAUUGUAGUUGAUAUUAACUACUAGACAAUUGUGAAAUCUUUAAUAGUAUGUAGGAGUUCAAUGCUAAUUGUUUUCUCCGUGAAAUUUAAGGUAAUCUAAUUCUUAUUGUUUUUCACUUUUUGUGCUAAAGCUCUUGAUAUUUGGUCACCAUUUGGCACCAACAUUACAUGGAAAUAAGUUUAAUUUGAACAACAUUAAAUAAUACUAUCAAACAAUCCAAUGAAAAGACUUAUAUGUCAUUGAUUAAGUAGAUGUAACUCUUUUCAUUGUAUAUGUUGAUAUGUAAUUUUGUUGGCUAUCAUUGUAUAUAAAUCUAGUGUGAAUGUGUUCCCAUUAGGAGUUUCAAUAUCAGCUUUUCGGUAUGUGCAAAUCUUCAUUCCAUUAGUGACAUUCAUUUUUCAUAUCUGACACUAUAUUGUGAACUUAACCAUUUUCAAUUUAAAUACAUGUGACCUUUUGUGUAAUUGAGAUUGUUCUUUUAUAAUCUGUGUAAUUUGUAAUGUUAAAAUGUUCACGUUUAGAUCUAUUGUAUCGAGUGCCUAUAGCAUUGAUUCAAAUGUAAAAAGUCAGUUGAUUUCAAUAAUUUGUCACCAUGUAUUGAUCUUCCAUAAAAUUACGAUGAAAUUAAAAAUAUUGAUGUAACAGUAA